GCCUGCCCUACUACUCCUGAGGAUGGCACUUACUGCGGCUUCAUCAACCCUGAGGACCCUUGCGCUCCUCAGCCCGAUGGUUACGGCCCUAAGGUUACCCCUGACACUGCUGAUGCCUUCCUUGCCUACGCUCCCUUCCACAGCAUGGCCUCUGCCGCUCCUACUGUCGUCCCCAGCAACAAUGUUGCCGGCAAUGCCUACCAGCAGACUUUCCGCGACUUGAACGCUUCUUCCAGCGCCAACUCGUACCUUGGUCUCUACACCUUGACUUCGUACAGCGUUGCUGACUGUGCCGCCCACUGCGACACCACCUCUCUCUGCACUGCCUUCAACAUCUACAUUGAGCGUGAUCCCAGCCAGAACCCCACCAAGAACGACUCUACUGCCGCUACCGUCUGGGGUUACUGGUGCCCCAACCCCACUUCUAUCACCAACUUCAAGUGCACAUUGUGGGGUAGCAACCUUGAGGCUGCUACUGCAUUGAAUGGCGGCGGCUGGCGCGAGGACUUUAACGUUGUUAUCACUGGUUCUAACGGAUACGACGCUACCAACACCACUUUCCCUCCUACCGUCGGCCCUACCUGGACCAGCCCCAAGACCUGCGGUGGUAAGGCCAUCAACGCCCCCAACUACUGGAUGGGAUCCAAGUUCUUCCCCGGUCCCUUCAACCCCCAGGUCUGCGCCGACUACGCCUCGUACCAGCACGUUGUCAACAAGAAGACCGCCAUCGCUGCCGGCAAGUCGUACUUCACCCCUUGCAACAGCUUCAACGCCUACUACCUGCACAAGAACGGUAUCCCUCACGGUACCUACUGCGCUCUGUACGAUGCUUCCAUCAGCACCAGCUACGCCACCUACACCGGUGGCUACUCUGGCAGCAACAAGUACGACUGCAGACAGUCUUACCAGUAC